AUGGGAGGGCACAACCAAGGAGAACAAAACAGAACAAGUGUCACAGAAUUCAUCCUUCUCGGUUUCUCUGGGUCUCCACGUUUUCAACUGUUCAUCUUCAUCCUCUUUUUUAUCAUGUACAUCCUGACAGUUUUGGGAAAUUUGUCCAUCAUCCUUCUCAUAAUAACAAAUCGUCGCUUUCAUACGCCCAUGUACUUCUUCCUGUGCAAUCUCUCUUUCCUGGAGAUAUGGUACACAACAGCCUCUAUCCCAAAGAUCCUUGCCAUCUUUCUCGGGAGGAGUAAAAGUAUCUCUUUCACAGGCUGCAUGCUGCAGAUGUACUUCAUUUUUUCCUUUGGCUGCACAGAGCAUUUCCUGAUAGCUGUCAUGGCUUAUGACCGUUAUUUGGCCAUAUGCUAUCCCCUGCAUUACAACACUAUCAUGGACAUCAGCCUCUCUAGCAAGUUGGCAUUUGGCUGUUGGUUGGGUGGGUUUCUUGCUAUUUGCAUACCGGCAUACCUGAUCACAACCUUGUCCUUCUGUGGGCUCAAUGUGAUUGAUAAUUUCUAUUGCAAUCUUGAUUCCUGGAUAGUUCUUUCCUGCAGCGACACCCAUUUCUUUGAGAUUACUGCUUUUUUCAUAGCUAUCAUUGUAAUUGUGGGCUCCUGUGUGGUAACCUUUCUCUCCUACAUGUAUAUUGUGGCUACAAUCCUGCGCAUCCCCUCAACCAAAGGUCGACAAAAGGCCUUUUCCACAUGCUCCUCUCAUUUUGCUGUUGUGAUUAUUUGGUACGGGUCCACCAUCUUCCUUUUUGUUAAGCCUUCCAGACAGACGUCUUUAGAAAGGACCAAAGUUGUAAGCAUCUUCAACCUCAUUGUGGUUCCAUUGUUGAAUCCUUUCAUCUAUACACUAAGAAAUAAAGAGGUGAGGGAAGUACUGAGAAAUGCAUUACAUAGGUGA